CAGAAGACUAUGCCCCAAAACGAACGGCCCAUGGGGUUUAGUCCUCCCCUCGUACCCCACCUUUCCUCAUCCCAUCCCAGUCGUAUCUCCCCACCGAACCCCAGCGAGAGCAAAUCCCUAACUCUAACCCUAACCGUAGCUAGGAGGAUGAUGGAGGCGGAGGGGGAGGGGGAGGGCUCGCGGUCGAUAAUGGCGGCGGCAGAGGAGGAGGAGGAGGAGUGGAAGCUGGCGCGUGAGUCCAAGUGCCGUUUUCGCCAUUGCGAGUGCAGCUGGCGUCUUUUCUGCUCCCCCCGGAUCCCCCGCGUCGCCCCCGGGAGGGACUACUCCUCCAUCCCCGCCGGCGCCGACCAUCGGCCCGCCUGGUCGCUGCUCAUCGGCCUCAAGGACGGCGCCUUCCUACGGCUCAAACGCCUCCGCGUGGCGCGAUCCGGGCGGAUCCUUGGCCGGAGCGACGACGCGCUCGAGGCUUUCCACGACAUCAAGACGACGAGUGGCGGCACGUUCGACGCCAGCGCCGCCAUGGCUCCCGACGGCCGCUCGCUCUGCAUUCUGCGCCAGGAGGAUGACGGUGCCGGUGAGCAACCCCAUGCCCUGCACCUAACUCUGCAGCAGCCGCAGACCCACACAUCCCCGGAUCUGCAGCUGCAUCUUCCUCUGCCGGAGAUUCAAGCAGGGAGGAGUCGUAACUGCAUGCCCAUCUCCGCCGGCGGCUACAUCUGGGCUCUGUGCCCCAUCUUGGAAUAUGGCGUCAAGUUGAGCCUCCUCAUGCGACCCCUGCAUCUGCUCCCCGGGGACGGCCAAUGGGAGCAGGUCGGCAACAGCUGCCCACACAAAGAUGACAAGGGCGAGUACCCGUGGUUGGCUGGCGGGUUCCUCCAGGGCUACGCCGUGCUCCCUGGCCCCCUCAUCCUUGUCUCCUUCAAACAAGACGGCCUCUUCUUCACCUUCGCCCCCGGCUCCCGCGACUGGACCCCGGUGCUCACCGAUGAAACAAGGCCACCGCUAGACUACAUCCCUAUCCUCGGCCGCGCCGUGUACAUGGAGCAAGACAAGGCCAUCUACACGCUCCGUGGUAACACCAUCUACGCCUACAAGCUCAGCUACAUACACCAGGGUGAUGGUGAUGAUCAGGGGAGGGUGAGGCUGAGACUGGAUCCGCCCAUCACCAUCGACUCUGUAUCUCCUUUCAAUUCCUGUAAUGGGUGUGGCUUCCUCACCCGUCUUGAUGGUCGGCUCAUGUGCUCCGUCUGGAUCAGCCUGGCAUCACGUGAACAGUUAGAUCAAUGCCAGUGUGACAACCUACAUGCCAUCGUCACCACCUUCAACCUCCAUGACCCGGCUCAGGGGGGAAUACAGGUGCUGCAUUCCUCUUUCCGCCGGGUAGACAUGGAGCCCAAUCCAGAGGACCAGGAAUUCUGCUUUCUACAGGAGUACGAGGACAUGGACUCCCAGGUGCUGCUGCAACACCAAGAAGGGCAAGAGGAGUAUCUAACCAGUUCCCAGCAGCACGUCAACGAACCACCCUCCAACAAGCUUGAUUGUUGCAGAGACUUCAUCAAAAUGGAAGACUGUCCACGCCUUUGCUUUCGUUGCGGCAUCAACGGUCACUUUGCCCGCGAGUGCUCUCUCCCGCCACAUGAGCCCUUGCCGGCAAUGCCCCCCCGCACGCUGGUUGGCCGUGCUUCAAUGCAACACCGAGUCCCUUUCGAAAGGCGUCCGGUUGCUACAACAAGUAUCAAUAAAGAUCUGUUUAUCAUCUGCCAAGCUGGCUCACAACUAGUCAUCUACCAUACGGGCGUCAUGGAUGAGACUUCACUGUUACAAGGUGGAGAUGAUGGCAAGCCUCUCCAAACGUCGUGCUAUGUUGCACCUUAUGUCGGUGAUGGUGACAAUUGGCACUUUUUCCUUCACAGUGCCUCAAAAAUACAUGCUGUUUCGAGGAAAAAAGAUGGCAUGCUUGAGUUUAGUCUGAACAAGGACCGUACGUUGGCUAUGGAUCGUCUAUCUGUACGGCGGCUGCCAAGUGCUGAUACUUUUGUUUUGUUUAUCACAGUUGGUGGAGAGACCAUUGCUCUUACUGAUACUCUGGAAGUUUAUCAUCAGACAGGGUUCAGUUAUGGAUCCACCUUCUGGCUGCGAUGCAAGGCAGAUCAAUCGCAUGUUCUCGAGAGGAAGGUCAUGAUAUCUGGAUAUGUAGCAGUGAAUGGCGAUUCCUUUAUAGUCUCUGAUGCUCUCACAGGUUCCUGUCUUUUGUUUGACCUGUGUGCCAAGCAAUGGCGUGUUGUCAUGCCUUGGGCCGCAUUCUCAGAAGACUUGCCAAGGACUAGCCCUACAAAGUGCCCUUUAAAUGGUAGAUGUGUAUUUGUCGAUGGCUUUAUCUACACAUGCAGAGAUGGAGGGCUUGCUGCUUAUCAACUGUUUGAUAAAGAUCAUUCUGUGUAUCUCAGCGAGCCCAUCUUUUUGCGAUUCUCAUGGCUUGUAGAUGAUUGUGUGGGUGAGGACAUGUGCUUGGAUUAUGCUGGCAAAGAUGUGGACUCUGGUGCUAUUUUGUUUUACGUGGUGCAACUGCAAAGUGGAUAUCCUCCGCCCAAGCAUGAUGUACAGAUCACCAUUGUCCAGGUUAAGACUAAAGCAACAACCAGCAACAAGAAAAGGGAGCCAGUGGGAGUUACCCCUGUGGACUGUGUCACACGUUUCAUACAUCACAAGGAAGCCGUUGAUAUCAGAUGCUGCUUUGCGCUCUAGCUAGCUCUUGUUUGCGAUGGAUGCAUGCAUGAGCACUGUUGCCCUAUUAUUAUUUAUAUGUUCCCAGUAUGUAAUGUUUGUAACCUCUAACCUUCCUUGCAUGGCAUCUUUUGGAAGCUGCAACUAGUUGUAUUUUUUGGUGGUGUAAACUUAUAUUUAUCUAGACUAGACUAUAUUAGUUGUAUUUUGGUGGUGGUGAAACUUAUAUUUAUCUAGACUAUUUGGCCUAUAUGUAAUGGCUGGUGAACUUUGUUAAAUUAAUGAUCCCAAACAUUUGCUACCUGUAGCUAAUCAUUAAGGCUUGACAAGAAAACUUUACUAGUGCUUAA